AUGGAGCGCUCCAGCUCUGGCGCAAAGACGCUCUUCCCCAAGGGUCCCGACUUCACCCUCGACAACUUCUCGAAUCAGGACUUUGUCGUCCGUGACUUUGUCGACAGUCUUGCCGACAGCGCGAUCCCCGAGAGUCGUCGAUCGGUCCCUGCGGCCAGUGCGGCAUUUGAUCCAAAACCCCUGAUCCGGACGUUUGAGAAUGCGCAGGCGCAGCUGGCUUCGCUGGGGGAGGAGCUGCAGACAAAGGAGACGGAGCUCUUGACCCAAGUCCGUCGCGCGGAGAUUCAGCAUGACCAGACACUCGACACGCUGGGGAAGAAGCUGGACCAGAGCAUGAGCUCUUUCGAAGCGUUGGAUAUCACAUUGCAAUCUGGAAGCGCCGACAUGAACGAACCAAACGGUCGAUCUGACGGUGGGGGCAAUGUCGCGGUGCAGAUUGGCGAGAAGCUGGAGGAUCUGGACAAGAAGAGACAGAGGGCCCUCGACGCCAUAUUUUUGAUCCAGUGCUGGAACGAGGUCAGCGAGACGGGGAACCUGAACCUCCUGACAGAUAUGCAGAGGCUGGGAGGCUCGGAGAACAAAAUCCGCUGCGCCGUGAUUGCUCGACAGCUGAUGCGCAUCAGCCAGCGUCUGGAGCCCAGUUCGUGGCAUCAAGGUGGACGGCAGCCGGCGGACGCGGCGGGCCAAGGCGCGAACGGUCACGGACAGGGCAACGGGAAAACGCACAACACGCGCGAAGCGCUGGAGAAGUUCUGCGAGACCCUCGAGCAGGAUCUGCUGCAGCAAUUCAACGGGAGCUACAAGAAGCAGAAUUUCGAGGACAUGAGGGAGUGCGCGCGAGUGCUGCAUGACUUCAACAACGGCGCCAGCGUCAUCGCCACGUUUGUCAACCAGCACCAGUUCUUCAUCGACCGGGAUCAGUUGACAAACGACGAGGUCACGGCGGACGGCGAGACGUGGGAUCAGCUGGCGGAUCCCGACGCAGAGCCCCCCGGGGUCGAGCCCUCGUUGCAGUCCCUAGUCGACGAAGUCAAGAUUGUCAUGCAGGAGGAGUCCUUCAUCAUCAAGCGGGCGUUCCCGUAUUACGAAAUCGUCCUCACAAAGUUCAUUCAGCGCGUCUUUCAGCAGUCGGUGCAGCAGCGAUUAGAAAUGGUUCUCGACAAGGCCGACACGAUAUCCUCAUUAGCCUUCCUUCGGUCCCUACACGCGUCUCGCGCCUAUAUCAGUUCAUUGGUGGAAGACCUCAAGACCCACGGUCUCACCGAGCAUCCGGAGCCGUGCUCGGCGCAGAUCUCCCAGACACUCGACCAGCAGAUGGAGGAGCUGUUUGUGCCCUACCUCGUGGGCAACUCCUACAUUGAGCGGGAAAAGAAGAGUCUGGAAGAAAUGUACAGCUCCCUCCUGUUCAAGUUCACAAUCUAUCACUCCCGCAAGAAGAGGGGGCCGGCAGGCUUCAUGGCGUCGUUGGCACAGCAGGGGUCGCAGCUCAUGUCCUCUGCCAAGGACGCGUACAUUGAGAAACUAGAUUCGUCGGAACUGACGCCUACGCAAAAGGCCAUCAUGUUGCGAGUCGCUGGCAUCAAGGACAAGGAGAACAAGAACGAGAUUGAGGUAUCUGAAGAGGACGGAACACUGAGCAUUGCGAAUGCAAAGCGCAUGCUCAAGUGGCUUGCGGAGAGUGUGCAGCGCACGCUCGAGCUAGGUACGCCGAUAGAAACACCCAAAGACGUCAACAUCCUGCUCCAGCUCCUCCUGGCCAGCAUGGGAGAGGUGUACAUUCAGACGGCGCUCGACGCGGCGCACUACGCCGCCACGAUGGUGGAGAAUUCCAAGACGGAGCCCGACCUGUCCCAUCUCCCCGCGCUGCGACCCGCCAUCACGAUCACUGCCAUCAUGGACCGAUUCAUCACGACGGUGCUGAUCCGUCUCGCCGAGCCCAGCGCCACGGUGCGGCGGAACAUGGAGGCGCAGAAGAAGAUGGCCGUCGACGCCAUUGAGAAGAAGACCAACAUGGUCAUCCGCGUGUCGGUCGACGUUAUUGCCAACUGGGUCGCCAAGUCCCUCGGCACACAAAAGAAGCAGGAUUUCCGACCGCGCGACGGCGAUCUGGAGUCGCUACAAACCCAGACGUGCCAGGGGAUAUGCACGUUCCUGUCCCGCGCGCACCGUCAGGCGUCGGCGGCCAUUGACGGGCCAAACGCCGAAAAGUUCUUUUCCGAGAUCGCACUCGCCGUGCUGAAGCUCCUGCUCGACCACUUUAAGAAGUUCCAGGUCAACGCCACGGGUGGUCUCAUGGUCACCCAGGACAUUGCCAAGUACGCCGCCACGAUGCGCGACUGGCCGCUGCUCAAGGACGUGGCCGCAGCCGUGGAGCUGCUCACGGAGAUUGGCUCGCUGUUCAUCGUCGGGCCGGAGGCGUUGCGGGAGAAGGCGAGGACGCUGGCGGGCGCGGCUGGCACGGGCGUCGCGGCCCGGGGGAAGCUGACCAAGGCCGAGUUUCGGGCUUUUGUGCAACGGCGAGAUGAUUCGGGUACGGUUGGGAUCCAGGGUGUCCUGGCGGGUUUGUAG